GUUUCCUUCUCUAAAAAUUUUCCCAGCACAAUCGAUUGCCCAAAAAAGGAAAAUCGAGCAGCAGAUACUAUAAUGAAGUCGUAGGAGGCUCGUAAAUCACGAUGCAAGCAGAGAUCAAGCUUGGAAUUUUGUGAGAAGAGGAAAAAGAAAACACGAAUCAGAGAGGUCAGUGGCUGCGGCGUUUUCAGGUAUUCAAACAAACCUCAAUUGAAAACUUUUGGGGUAAAUAAGAGAGAACUCGGAGAGGCAUUCAAAACUCAAUUCUCAGACCAUUCUCCGAUCAACCAUGUUACCACUCCCAGGAACAACCACCACCGCAGCAAGCAGAUUAAUCGUUCUAUUAGACACUUGCGCUUCAACUAUCCACAUCAAACAAAUCCAAGCCCAACUCAUCCGGCAAAACCUCUGCGAGGACUCAACCAUUGCCUACGGUUUCAUCACCGCUUGCCAAUCCGUGGGUCUCUUGGACUCCGCCCAUCGUCUUUACUCCCAAAUCAAAAAACCCGACGUCUUCAUUUCGAACACCCUCAUUAAGUGCUCGUCUCGCGCCCAAUCCCCUCACAAAUCCAUAUCCGUGUACACCCGAAUGAAUAGAAAUGGAGUCUUUCCCGACCACUACACUUUCCCUUUUGUUCUCAAGGCUUUGUCUGACCUUCGUGAUGUUAAACGAGGGCAAUGCGUGCAUACCCAGGUUGUGAAAAUGGGUCAGUUUAAUGAUAUCUAUGUGCAGAACUCGUUGCUGAAUGUUUACGCAUCGGUUGGCAGUAUGGACUUGUGCCAGAAGGUGUUCGAUGAAAUGCCGCAGAGAGAUGUGGUAUCUUGGACGGUGAUGAUUACUGGGUAUCGAGAAGCUGGACGGUUUGACAACGCGCUGAAUGUGUUUGAACGAAUGGAGCUUGCGGGUGUACGGCCGAAUCAAGUGACCAUGGUGAAUGCUUUGUCUGCGUGCUCGAGUUCCGUGGCUCUUGAGGUGGGUAUUAGGAUACAUGGUUUUGUAAAGAGGAGCGGGUGGGAGUUAGAUGUGAUUUUGGGGACUUCUUUGAUUGACAUGUAUGGGAAGUGUGGGAGAAUUGAAGAAGCGUUGGGUGUUUUCCAAAGCAUGGAAGAGAAGAAUGUGUUUACAUGGAAUACCCUUAUUAAAGGGCUAGCUUUAGCCAAGAGUGGGGAAGAGGCGGUUUGGUGGUUUUCCCAAAUGGAGCAAGGAGUAGUCAAGCCAGAUGAAGUCACUUUGAUUGGAGUGCUUUUUGCUUGUAGUCAUUCUGGAUUAGUACAAGUGGGAGAGUCAAUCUUCCGUUCUUUGGUUGAUGGGAAAUAUGGAUUCGCCCCCAGCAUCAAGCAUUAUGCUUGUGCGGUUGACUUGUUUGCACGGUCUGGACAUCUUGAAGAAGCUUCGAAGAUCAUAAAAGAAAUGCCAUUUGAGCCCACAAAACCUGUUUGGGGAGCACUCCUAGCUGGCAGUAGAGCUCAUGGAAACCUAGAAAUGAGCGAGUUUGCAGCUUGGAAAUUGAUAGAGUUACAACCAGAGAAUAGUGGUUACUAUGUUAUUCUUGCAAAUAUUUAUAGUCUGAUGGGAAGAUGGAUUGACGCCGAAAAAAUUCGGGAGCUGAUGAAAGAGAGGGGACUUAAGAAGGAUCUCGGUUGUAGCUCAGUUGAGCAUCAACCUCUGGAUUCCGUCAAUGAGUUGGUAGCAUAGCAAGUCAAGUGCAUUCAUGAUGAAAGAGAAUUAACAUCCAGUCUGUCCAAACAGGAUAGUAAGACUUUUGUUGAGUAUUUGAUUUUCACCAGUUGUCGAACAUUAUGCCGCUGAUCCUACUACAGCUGUACGGGGGAACAUGGAAAACUGGUUGUGGGGUUCAUGGGAACAUAGAAUUGAGCCUCUUUGCUGCAAAGUUGUACAGUUGACACCUUAGACUUAGAGAUUUGGGCUGUCUUAACUGUGGGCAGGGAUGGGAAGACUGAGAGAUGAUGAAAAAGCAUCCGAAGAGGUGAAAGAGAGUGGAUUUUAGGAGUUGUCUUGCACAGCUGGAGAGCUUCAGCGCCAGGAUCUAUUGCCUCAUUGUGUAGAAGUCCUUUGCCGUGUAACUGUAAGAUGAUAUCUUUCUACACUUCCAUUUGAAAACUUGUUGCUUUAUAGCAUUUAUUAAUUAUUUGGAAUAGAGGAAAAAGAAGGAAUUCGCGGCUC